AUAACGAUAUUCUGUUGAGCUCCUCAAUCCAAUAAUCUGAUCCUUUCUGGGUUUUCAGAAUUCCCCCAGAAACCCGUUUCUCAAAACGACGCAGUAUAAGAUCGGGAUCCUUCAAUAGCUUCGAUUCCUCUACUGCAUAGCAUCGUUCGACAGGCUACAUUUAGAAGUCAGAAAAUGAGAAUAUGGUUCUUGGAGCUUUUGGUUAAAAUUUGUUAUGUACUAUGAAUGAACGCAGAGGCAGGAUCAAGGAGAAAACUGUUACACAUACAUACAUGUAUGUAUGUGAGAGUGUGUGUAUCAUGUGACUGGAAGUGGAAAGCAGGAAACACAUACAAUUUUUAAGAGACCUCUCAACGAAGGGGUAGUGUUGCGAUGCUGGCUUCUAAUGAUAUUAUGGCAUUCAAAUCUUACCAGAACCGAGCUAAUUUUUUCGUGAAGGAAUAUUUACUAGCAGACUCUCUCAUUCCGUAUACUUCUGUUAUUAGUGGCAUGUUUGCUUGCAAGAUGGUCAACGAUCUUAUUCAGCUUAUUGGCACUAAUUACUUUAAGAGUUAUUCUAGCUUCUCAAAAGUCCAACGUAUUGAGUGGAAUAACCGUGCUAUAUCAACUUUGCAUGCCAUUUUCAUAACAGUUAUGUCGCUGUACUUUGUGUUUUGCUCAAAUCUAUAUUCCAACCAGUCUACUGAAUAUAUUACUCUUGAAAGCUCUCCAUUGUCAACGUUCACACUGGGGAUUUCUGUUGGUUACUUCAUUGCUGAUCUUGGGAUAAUAUUGUGGUUUUUUCCUUCUCUUGGUGGAUAUGAGUAUGUGAUUCAUCAUCUGUUUUCUUUAGUAGCAGUAGCAUAUUCAAUGUUGAGUGGGGAAGGACAGCUUUACACGUUCAUGGUCCUGAUCUCCGAGACAACCACUCCAGGGAUCAAUUUGAGAUGGUAUCUUGAUGCGGCUGGAAUGAAAAGGUCCAAAGCUUAUCUCAUCAACGGGGUUGUAAUAUUCAUCGCUUGGCUGGUUGCCCGAAUACUUCUGUUCAUUUACAUGUUUUACCAUGUCUACUUGCACUUUGAUCAGGUUGAGCAGAUGCACACAGUUGGGCAGAUAUUAGUAAUUGUUGUGCCAUUGGUGCUAUCGGCUAUGAACUUAUUUUGGUUUGCAAAGAUUAUCAAAGGCUUGAGGAAGACAUUGGCAAAGAGGCAGUAAAUAGUCUGCUUAGUGAAACUUUUUGAAGAAAAUGUAUAGGUUACCCUUGUCCUUGUCAAUAUCCAUCUCGCCUUGCUUCCCAUAAAGAUCUGAACUUAACUGUAUAAACUUUUUUCUUUUCAUUUCCCUGUAUAUGUAUAUACAAAGAGGGGAUAUUACUUCCUCCACAUUAAAAGGCUUUAUAUUUGCACUUAAUUUCUUAUUAUUAAUUUUAUUUUUAUGUAAUGGCU